AUGGACAUGCAACCGACAGACUGGAUGAAACACAAGUUUGAGAGUAUGCGGACUCUAAUGCGCUGGUCAACAAGCACAAAGGAUGAUCUCAUCUUCACUCCAGUGCUGGACCUCGACCUCCUUGACCCAAUAAGCUGGUGCAGCAAUCUCGAAGAAUCAGACUGCGAGUGCUUCGCCAAGGCUCUCAAUGUAUUGCCAGCAGGACGAUGGCAACAAAGAAGAAGCCCACUAUUUCCCAAGAGGCGCGAAGAGAUACCCAGUAGCCUCCAGCUACUGCUGAGCGAAUGCGAGGAUAUACGCAACCAGACCCGCAACCUCAGCCAGGCCCAGUCCCAACUAGAAGUCCUCCUGGUGCUGUUGCUCGUAGCCAAAAAGAGAGCCGAAAGUGCUCGCUCCGACUCCAGCCCCAGCCCAGCUGAGCGUCUUCAUUGGAGUCUCGAGAACCAGGUGACCAUGCCAUACCUGAAAGACGAAACCUACUGCAUGGCAGAGGGGCAGGUCGACUACGUGCUGUGGUACGGCGCCUGGGAGGAACUCGAAACGAAUCUGGUGGUGAGCUGGACUGGCGGGGACAUCGAUGAGCCUCCGUUUUGGAAUCUCGUGGGGAAUAUGGCCAAGAUCCACUGGGCACGCCGCGAGACAGGCCGACAACCGUGCAUCAUCUACGGGAUUAUGACCGACGGCGCGAAAUGGACAUUUGUGUAUAUCAACCCAAAAGGCCGGUAUACCACCCGCGUAAUGCACUGGGCGAAUGACCAGGGCAAGGUCAUUACGAAGAUCAACCAUAUCCUGGACGAGGCGUCUACUCUGGCAGCGACAGCCUCCAAUUGUAAAUCGCCCUUGCAGAUGUCUGUGGGCCAGAGCUCUGGCUGUGCUAUUUUGGAUGUGCUUCGAUCGUCUGGCGAUUCAGAGGAAGAGAGAGACCCAGAGAAUCGGCCCGAUACCGAGAAGAGGGAUGAGGGUAGCUGGGAAGUGUAG